GUAGCGAGCCAGGGGGCGGGUGUUUACGUUGAAAUUUGACCGAGGCCCGACCUUAAAGGGGAGGGUACAGAGAGGGCGCAGGGACCCUUUAAAGUGAGGCGCGCUUGUGCCUGCACCUUUAAGGGCGGGGCGUCGGGAGGACUGAAUCUGGACUUCAGAUUACCCCGAGUUUCCGUCGCAGGCUGCGAGGAACGGCUCCUCGGCUGGGUCCGGGUGCUUGGCGGCGGCGGCUUUAUCCCCGCUUGUCCUGCCCGGGCCCGGAGACACCCCCGCCCCAGUCAUGCUGAGCAAAGUAUGGAAGCAGCUGACUACGAAGUGCUAUCCGUGCGGGAGCAGCUAUUCCACGAGAGGGUCCGCGAAUGCAUUAUCUCAGCACUUCUUUUUGCGACACUCUACAUCCUCUGCCACAUCACCCUGACCCACUUCAAGAAGCCUGCUGAGUUCACCACAGUGGAUGAUGAAGAUGCCACAGUCAACAAGAUUGCGCUCGAACUCUGUACCUUUACCCUGGCGGUUGCCCUGGGUGCUGUCCUGCUCCUGCCCUUCUCCAUCAUCAGCAAUGAAGUGUUGCUCUCACUGCCUCGGAACUAUUACAUCCAGUGGCUCAACGGCUCCCUCAUCCAUGGCCUCUGGAACCUUGUUUUUCUCUUCUCCAACCUAUCCCUCAUCUUCCUCAUGCCCUUUGCAUACUUCUUCACUGAGUCUGAGGGCUUCGCCGGCUCCAGAAAGGGUGUCCUGGGUCGAGUCUACGAGACGGUGGUAAUGUUGAUGCUCCUCACUCUGCUGGUGCUGGGCAUGGUGUGGGUGGCAUCAGCCAUUGUGGAUAACAACAAGGCCAGCAGGGAGUCACUUUAUGACUUCUGGGAGUACUACCUCCCCUACCUCUACUCCUGCAUUUCCUUCCUUGGGGUCCUGCUGCUCCUGGUGUGUACUCCGCUAGGUCUUGCCCGCAUGUUCUCGGUUACUGGGAAGCUACUGGUCAAGCCCCGGCUGCUAGAAGACCUGGAGGAGCAGCUGUACUGCUCAGCCUUUGAGGAAGCAGCUUUGACUCGAAGGAUUUGCAAUCCCACCUCCUGCUGGCUACCUUUGGACAUGGAGCUGCUGCACAGACAGGUCCUGGCUUUGCAGACACAGAGGGUCCUGCUGGAGAAGCGGCGGAAGGCUUCAGCCUGGCAGCGGAACCUGGGCUAUCCCCUGGCCAUGCUAUGCUUGCUGUUAUUGACGGGCCUAUCCGUGCUCACUGUGGCCAUCCACAUCCUGGAGCUGCUCAUUGAUGAAGCUGCCAUGCCCCGGGGCAUGCAGGGUACCUCCCUGGGCCAGGUCUCCUUCUCCAAGCUGGGCUCCUUUGGUGCCGUCAUUCAGGUUGUACUCAUCUUUUACCUGAUGGUGUCCUCGGUCAUGGGAUUCUACAGUUCUCCACUCUUCCGGGGCCUGCGGCCCAGAUGGCAUGACACAGCCAUGACACAGAUAAUUGGGAACUGUGUCUGCCUCCUGGUCCUAAGCUCAGCACUUCCUGUCUUCUCUCGAACUCUGGGACUCACUCACUUUGACCUGCUGGGUGAUUUUGGACGGUUCAACUGGCUGGGCAAUUUCUACAUUGUAUUCCUCUAUAAUGCAACCUUUGCGGGCCUCACCACUCUCGGUCUGGUGAAGACCUUCACUGCAGCUGUGCGGGCAGAGCUGAUCCGGGCUUUUGGGCUGGACAGACUGCCAUUGCCUGUCUCUGGUUUCCCUAGGGCAUCUAGGAAGACCUAGCAUCAGUGACCUCCAGUUGGGGGUAGGAAGGAAUAAACUGGACACUGCCAUCUGCUACCCAGGCCUGGAGCAACACCAGGAGUGGGUAGUCAUUAGGACCUGGAAUCUGGGAGGGGUGGAUGGCAGAGGGGAGCUGAGCCAUCUGCACUGUUGCAUAAUCUGAGCCAGAGUUUGGGACCAGGCCCCCUGCUUUUCCAGAUUUAACUGUGGGCCUUAGCAUGGGGUGGGACUGAGUGACUGGGUCUGGCUCCUGGUCCCAAAUCCGUUUACACAUCAAUCUGCCUCUCUGCUAUUCCGGGCAUGCCCGUAGCCAUGUUUACAUGAUUUGAUGUGCAAUAGGGUGGGGUGGGGACAAGAAAGGGACUGAGACUUGGGAGGCAGAUUGUCUCCCUUUGCCUCUGGCCCAGAAGAACCUAAGCACUGUGCUACCUUGGAGGGGCUUUGGACCACCAGAGAGGUGAGGGCAUGGGAAAGAAGAGACCACAACCAUCAGCAAUAAAGUUUAUCUCAAGGUUUGCUUUGGUUUUUUAAAGGGCUUGUCUCUGUGUCUAUUUGAAUAUUCUUGCUCCCCCAAGUCCUGUAUCUAUCAACUGAGAGAAACAGAAGGGUCCUAUCCACCAUCCUUUCCCUUCCCCUCCAUCUGCAUUCUUAGUGUCCUUUGGGGACUUAGGUCUGGUGUUAGGCCACACAAUAGGCAGUUAGAAACUCCUUUCCCUUAAUCUUGCCUAAAGCUGCCUGACCCCUGACUUUUCCUUGUACCCAUGGCCUUGUUUUUGUGCCUUGGUAAUUGAGGAUAAGGUAGGCAUGGGUGUAGGAAUAGGAUAACCUCCUCCUGUACACACACACACACACACACACACACACCCUCAGCCCUGUCCUUCCUGAUUUGAUUAUUGGCUGUGGAGUAAAAGAAGUGGGUGACUAGCAAGGGUUUGUGAUUUAGCUAUCUUUCCAGAGACUAUCAGUGCCUUAAAUACUAUGUAAGCCUCUUGCUAUAUUAGGGCUUGGGACAAAGUUUCUGCUCAGGGUUAUGCAGAUUAUGCAUUAUACAACU